AUGGCCACCACCGACGAGCGCGCGGACGCUAUGGACGUCGAUGUGUCGCCCAAAAACAAGACAACAGUUGAGCACGAUAUUCAUCAGUCAUUGGGAUCCAUCAGCAACUCCGUCGAAUCCCUUGAGAUGCGCGCCGACCCGGACGCGCAAGCUACCGUCACUGACUUCCUCGACUUUACCGAAUACCUUCCUUCCGAUAUGAUGCGAUCGCUGACCCUGAUCGGUAAACUCGACCAAACCUACAACCAUGCGUCCCUCAACGUGCACAACCUCACCUCUACCUGGGGCAAACUUCCCAGCCUCCCCGCCGAAGAACGCCCGUCUCCUGUGCAACUGCGCGCUGACAUAUCGGACAAUCUCAACCAUGCUGUCAGUUCGAGGGUUUUUGCGCACGCCGAGGCGACGCGCAUGUCAGAGAAUGUGAAUCGGCAUUAUAAUCGCGCAAAGACGAUACUGGCGAAACUGAAGACUAUGAUGGAAAAUUACCCCUCGGAGGAACAGAAGAGUCCCGUGGCGACAUCCAAGUCACCGCAGAUGGUCAGAGCACCAAAAGUUUUGCGAAAUGGCGACGGAGAGAGGCUACGGCGCCCCCGGAUACCCAGGAUUACAGUUCCUGGCGAGGUUCUUCCGCCUUAUGAUCAGUUUGUGGCGUACUCGGAUGACAGCUCCGAGAGCUCCUCCGAGGAAGAUGACGAGUCACUUCCUGGACGAACUCCGGCUCGGGCUACGCCUGGGCCACGGAUCAAGGUCGUGAAGACACCAAAAUCUCGCCCUCCAAAGACGCCCAAACAGCCAGCUUCCGCGAGACCUCCCAAGGCGGCCGCUACGCCCGCGACCACAGCCACUCCUGCUGCUGCGCUACAACCCCCACCGGAGAAUGCCGUUAUAGGAAGUUCGGACGCUCCUUGGCUCCAGCUGACACCUUGGGAACUGGCGAGACUACGGAAGCGCAUGAAGAAGAACGCAACUUGGAACCCAAGUGAUACUAUGAUUUUGCGAGAACUGAAGACACUUGGUCGAGGCAUUGAUGCUUACAAGGAAGCGAAGAAGAAGGCCGAGGACGAGGGUAGAACCUUUGAUCAAGUCCCGCCAGCUCUCGCUCCGGACGCCGGAUCAGAUAACAAGCCACUUCCAGAGGGUGCUAUUAGCGCUGCCGCGCUUGCAUCCGACGACAUUCAGCUUAGUAACCGGGGUAUGAAGCUCAACGAGGCGAAAAAGCUCAAGCGGGAAUCGCUAGCCAAGCAGGCGGCCGAAGAAGCCGAAGAGUCCGCCCGGCAAUUUAGGGAGGCCGCAAGGCUUUUAAUGUCCCGCGAAGCACAGUCUGCAGCUGCCAAUGGUGACCAAACAAAGUCUACGCCCAAGUCCAACUCUACUAGAUCGAGGCCAAAGACAAAUGGAAAGCGGAAAAGAGACUCUGUUCCGGAAGCCGAAGCUGAGAAGCCCGAAAAACCCGAGGUAGUCGAGACCCCGGCUCCCCGCCCCGCGCCAAAGCGCACGAAGACGGAGACUCCUAUCCCGCUGCCUCAUCUCAGAGCCAACCUUACCUCGCAGCCGUUGUCUGAGACUCCCAUUCCGCCCCCCGUUCUUACCCCUGGAGGCUCCACCGUAACUCCCAAGACGACUACACCGGUGCCCGUUCCUGUUCCGGGGCAGGACCACAACGCCGCUGCGACACCUGUUGCAUCAAAGCAAGCAAACACGAGCGCACCAGCCUCAUCGCCAACGGGUUCAGUUGGCCCAGCUGCUUCGGCUCCCAACCCCACUCCGGCGAACAUAGUUACCAAAGCACCUGCCGAGACCCCCAUCCCCCCACCCAUCCUGUCUCCUAAGAAAUCCACCACCCCGAUUCUUCCUCCAGUUCGCGACUCUGCGACGCGAAGAGAGACCAGGGGCGAGUCGAAGAAGACCCAGCAACAAGCAGACAACCCCACAGCCGUGCUACCCCCCCAGCCACCACUAGGCCAGCGCUCUUCGUCUGCUGCACCGUCCAUUAAGCAAUCGUCAUCCAGAGCCGCCACACCAGGCACUACGCCGGUCCCGGAAGGAGGUCGUCGUCCUAGCUCGCGAGGAAAAGCUGGCAGUCAGGAACCUCAGCCCUCGCUGGCGGUCGACCGACCCCGUCGCGCUAGUACCGCGAGGAACACACCAGCACCGGAGAUUCGACAGCCGAGUAAGAGGACUAGAAAGCCCGCGCCCGGUAUCGUCAGCAAGACGAACGCUGGAGGAAGCAGUGCCGCUUCUAAGCGCAAAGCUGCGCCUAAGAAGAAGAGGGCGCAGAAGAAGGAGAAGGGCCAGCCUAUUGAGAUUGAAUUGGAGGAAGACGACGAUGGCAAUGUGAUUGACCCAAACGAGCCGCGCUAUUGCGAUUGCAAUAGAGUCAGCUUCGGGGACAUGAUUGCGUGCGACAAUGAUAACUGCGAUAAGGAAUGGUUCCAUCUGGAGUGCGUAGGUAUGGCGACGAUUCCCGCGCGCACGACAAAGUGGUAUUGCCCCGACUGUCGUGUGCGCCUGAACAUUGGGGAGAAGGGGGAGGUAAACGCGAGGGGAAUCAAAAUGUAA